AGAGUGAACAGUGAGAGAGAAAGGUCUUCCUUUGCUGUUGGUUCACCCUCCAAUGGCCACCGCGGCUGGCGCACCACGCUGAUCUGAUGGCAGGAGCCAGGUGCUUAUCCUGGUCUCCCAUGUGUGCAGGGCCCAAGGACUUGGGCCAUCCUCCACUGCCCUCCCUGGCCACAGCAGAGAGCUGGCCUGGAAGAGGGGCAACCGGGACAGAAUCUGGUGCCCCGACUGGGACUAGAACCUGGUGUGCUGGUGCCGCAAGGCAGAGGAUUAGCCUAUUGCGCUGCUGCGCCAGCCAAAAACUCAUGUCAUUUUAAAACUACUUGUUGGUGCUGGUGCUGUGGCAUAGUGGGUAAAGCCACCGCCUGCAGUGCCAGCAUCCUAUAUGGGAGCCUGUUCAAGUCCUGGCAUCCAGCUCUCUGCUAUGGCCUGGGAAAGCAGUAGAAGAUGGCCCAAGUCCUUGGGCCCCUGCACCUGCAUGAGAGACCCAGAAGAGGCUCCUGGCUUCGUGUGGGCACAGCUCUGGCCGUUGCAGCCAUCUGGGGAGUGAACCAGUGGAUGGAAAGACCUCUCUCUCCCUUUCUCUGUGUAACUCUUGACUUUCAAAUAAAUAAAUCUUAAAAAAAAAAAUAAACUACUUGGUGCCUAAAGUUAGUUCUUGGGUCUGCUAAAGUAGAAUUUCUCCUAAACACUUUUAAAAACUAAAUAGAAGCUAACGACCAGCUCUCAGUUCUUUCCUGAGAUGCCCGCCUGGUCUGUCAGGUGUAUCUCCCACUAAACUUGCUUGGUGAUUUAAAAAAAGACUAGGAAAUGGAGCAAAAUUAGAACUACCUGUGUUCCUUGAGUCGCCCAAGUUAUUUUUUCAUGUUUUCACCGUAAAAUCCUUCAAACACUUACAUGAUGCUAGCUUUUGCUUUCUCUAGUAGAAAUCUCACGUUUUCACAAAGCACUGGAGACAAGGGCAUCAGAACGUCCCGUUUACCCUACCCCUACUCGGUUUCUAAAAAGAUUAUCAGCGUGAACCCAAAUUUUAAAAAAGCUGCUUAUUAAUUACGUCUUAAAAGCAAGGGUUAUGUGACGAGGUAAGAGGAUUCUAACUCUAGGGCUGCAGGGCUCCCUCCCCUAAGUCCAAGUAGCCGAGAGCUCCGUCGUCCGCGCGCGCGCGCCCCGCACGGGUUCUGACUCGCGCCCUCAGAGAACCAUUGAGAACCGGGAGCCAGAGCGGCUCACGCGAGAGUUCGCAGGUAGGGGAAGGAGGACUUCCGUCCGCGUCCGCCUCAUCACUAAUACUUGGCCGCAGUGGGCGUCGUCGCUCCCGCUCCUAACGGGAACCGUAGGAAGCUGACACGUAGGUGCAGACCCGUCUGCGGGGUGGCCCAGACAGCGCAUCCACCCGCAGACCUCGAGGCCAAUCUCCCCACGCCUGGGCGCCGCCGCGGCUUGAGGGAGUUAGAAGAUAAAAAACCUUUUUAAUUCAUGAAGAAUCUGCACACCAAGAAGUGCACAUCAGGUUACGGGUGAAUUUCUGUCAAAAAGUGGUUAAACAGAGAAUGGAGAAGAAGGUUGAUUCCAGGUCUUUCAGGGAUGGUGCAGUUAAGAAACCUUAUUCUCCAAAGAUACUGUCCAACAAGAAGUCUUCUGCCUGCUCUGGGAUCCGGAGGGAGUUUCCUGUUACCAGUCAUCCAGUGCGGUAUCAUACUUCCCGGACUGGGACUCGACAGGGUCGGUUAAGAGAAUUGCGCAUCAGAUGUGUGUCCAGAAAGUUCUUAUAUUUGUGGAUUCGAAUGACUUUUGGAAGAGUAUCUCCCUCUAAAGCCAGGUUUUACUGUAGGCAGCGAACAUUACGGAAGGUCUUUGAAGCAUGGAAAGAAGAGUGGUGGGUCUCUCAUCAGGAGUGGAAGCUCUGUGUCCGAGCUGACUGUCACUACAGGUACUACUUGUACAACCUGAUGUUCCAGAACUGGAAGACCUAUAUGCACCAGCAGCAGGAGAUGAGGAACAAGUACAUCAGAGCAGAGGAUCAUGAUGCAAAGCAAAAGAUGCGACAGGCCUGGAAGUCCUGGUUGAUCUACGUGGUUUUUCGGCAGACCAAGCUUGAGAUGCAGAGCAUGGCUGUGGAGUUCAGGCAGCAGAGUAUUUUACGGGUGUGCUGGACAGAGUGGAGGCGGCGACUGGGACAGGCCUGCCUGAGCCGUGCCCUCCAUGCGUCAGCUGUGAAGCACAGGGCCCUGAGCCUCCAGCUGCAGGCUUGGUGUCAGUGGCAAGACCAGCUCCUGCGUAGCCAGAGGGAGAGACAGAAGGCGGUCUUCGCAGUGAAGCACCAUCAGGAUCAACAAAAGCGGAGAUUCUUAAAGGCCUGGCUUGAAUACCUGGAUGUCCGCAGAGCCAAGCGACAGAAGAAUGAAAUGGCCCAGCGAUUCCACCGCGCUACUGUGCUUCAGAUACACUUCUGUGAUUGGCAGUGGGCUUGGGAGCGGAGGCAAAGCUUGUAUGGCCAGCAGGCUGCGCUGGGGGAGCUGGCCAGGAGGAUGGCCCUGCGCGGGGCCUUUGCGCGCUGGAAACACUACGUGCUGCUCUGUGCAGAGGAAGCAGCCCUGGCGGAGGUGGCAGAAGAGCACCACAGGCUCAGCCUGCUGAACUUUUGCUUUAGAGCCCUGAAAGACAAUGUAACCCGUGCCCAUCUCCAACGAAUAAGAAAGAAUCUGGCUCACCAGCAGCACGACAUGACGCUGCUGCGCAGGUUCUGGGACCUCUGGCAGUGUCGGAUUGAGCAGAAGGAGGAAAGAGAGCAGCUCCCUGUGGUGUGCGCCGCCUGGGACCACUACAGGAAGACAUUGCAACACAAGUGUAUCAAGUCGUGGCUACAGUAUUCCCAGAAGAGGCGAUACAAGCAGCUGUUGCGAGCCAGAGCAGACGACCAUUUCCAGCACAGAGCCCUGCCCGCUGCCUUCCACGCGUGGCACAGACUGUGGCGGUGGCGCCAGCAGGAAAGUGUCCUCCACUCGACAGCAGUGCGUUUUCACAGGGAGACAUUGGAGAAGAGAGUGUUUUCUCUCUGGUGGCAGAAGAUGUUUGCACAGCGAGAAAACCGCCUGGCAGAGAGAAUGGCCAUCCUUUAUGCGGAACAGCAGCUUCUGCGUAGGUCCUGGUCCAUGUGGCGCCAGCAGGCAGCAGCCCAUCACCGGGAGCGGGAGUGGCAAGCAGUGGCCUGUGCCCACCACGGCCACGAGAGGCUCAGGAGAGCGUUCUGCAUCUGGAGGGGCCGUGCCUGGGUCCUGCGAACAGAGAGGACAGGCAGGGCCCAGGCUGUGGAGAUGCACUCGGCGCGGCUCCUGCACUGGGCCUGGAGCAGGUGGCAGGAGAGCCUGGCCCUGCGGGGAGCCGAGCGCUGGAAGCUGCUGCGAGCAGAGCUGCAUCACCAGCGUGCCGUGCUGCACCGGGCGCUGCGGAAGUGGCUGACUUACCGGGACCAGGUGCAGAGCAUCCUGCAGGAGGUGACAGCCAGGGAGAGGCGGCACCACAGGCAGCUGCUGCGGUGGGUGUUAUGCCACUGGAGACAGAACACCGUGGCCUGUGUGGAUGAAGCCAGGAAAACUUCCCAAGCAUCUGCUCACUACAGAAGGACCCUCUGUUCCAAGGUCCUGAUCCAGUGGCGGGAGGUGGCCUCUGUGCGGAUUUACUACCGACAGCAGGAGGCCUGUGCCGUUGAGGAGGCCCGGAAGGUGCUGGAGAGAGGCUGUCUGCGGACCUGGUUGCGGCGCUGGCGGGACUGCAGCCGGAGAGCAGCCCAGCAGAGGGCCCAGCUGCAGAGGGCGGCCCAGCACCGCCGCCGGCAGCUGCUGCAGGACGGCAUGGCCCGGUGGAAGAGGCACCACCUGGGCUGUGUCAGGAAACAGCUGCUGCAGAGGCAGGCCACCCAGUUCCGGGCACAGAGGCUCAGCCAGGCCUGCUUCCAGCAGUGGAGACAGCAGCUGGAGGCCAGGAGGCAGGAGCAGCGGGCUACGGUGCAGGCCCUGUGGUUCUGGGCCUUCUCGCUUCAGGCAAAGGUGUGGACGGCAUGGCUGGGCUUCGUGCUGGAGAGGAGGAGGAAGAAGGCGCGGCUGGAGCGGGCAGUGCAGGCCUACCACCAGCAGCUCCUCCGGCAGGGCGCCACACGGCUUCUGCGCUUCGCAGCUGACAGGAAGGCCGCCCGGCAGCAGCUGCAGGCCCAGCAGCAGGUCCAGGCUGCCCACAGUCUCCACCGUGCAGUCCGCCGCUGUGCCCUGCUCUGGAAACAGAAGGUGCUGGGCAGGGAGCCUUGGCCCCCAGCCCCCAGCGCGUCCAGCAGGAGAGUGACAUCCGAGGGUCCCCUCCUCAGCCGCAUUGCUGGGGACGCCACCCGAGCCCCUCGGCCUGAGGGCGCCCUGGGCACUGAGGCCCUGGCUGCCGGGGAGCCCUCUCUGCUGGAGCUCAGGGCUGCACACUCUGUGAGGAAGCAGCCACGACGCCCACACUUCCUGCUGGAGCCCGUGCAGAGCCAUGCGUCCUUAAGAUGCGGCACCCUUGGGGGGCAGCGGACCGAAAAGCUGCAGGCGUGUGGCCUGGGCAUGGCCCCACCAGCAGGCCCUUCCCUCACAAGGCCCUUCCUGCCUGGGGCCCUGCCGAGUGCCCCCAGCCCUCAGCUGCCCCCGGUGGCAAGUGCAGGCCCAGAGCUGCUGCUGCUGCCUCCCUCCUCCUUCAUGCCCCGCCGGGUGGAAGCACCAGCCAGGGUGUCAGCACAGCUGGACACCCCUGGGCUUAAUGUCCAGGCUCCGCCAGCCCUGACCAGCGUCCCUGACCCCCAUCUGCUCCUCCCGGGGGACUUCACGGGCACGAGGGAUGGGUCUGGUGCUGAAGCUGCAGGCCACGCUGACCUGGAGGCUGAGCUCGAGGGGAUCCAGCAGCAGCUGCAGCACUACCAGAGCACCAAGCAGAACCUCAGGUCCUGCCAGCGCCAAGCAAGCAGCCUGCGCAAAUGGCUGGAGCUGAGCAGGGAGGAACCCCGGCCGGAGGACCAGGCCGAGGAGCAGAAGGUGCAGAAAGAGCUCGAGGAGGUAAGGUCCGGGCCAGCCCCAGGCCAGCCCCGGGCCGGGCCGCCCCUCAGCUGGCUCUGUCGCUCCUGCCUGCAGGUGGAAGUGCAAAUCCAGCUGCUGGCAGAAGAGCUCCGGGCCCAGCGCCAGCCCAUUGGGGCCUGCAUCGCCCGCAUCCAGGCCCUGCGCCAGGCUCUGUGCUAGGCUGCUGGCCCCAGGCCGUCUGUAAGAACAGAACACAAAGCCACAAUGGGUUUUCCUUUUUUAUUUCAAAAUGUUUUUGCGAUUAAAUGAAUUACUGUUCAGAA